CACAUCUCCACAUAGUGGCUGUGCAAGUCUAAAUUUUCUCCGAGUUCCAGUCCUGCACUUUGGCCAGCGUACCGGCUUCCUUUCUGGAACAGGAGAGAGGCAUGUCGACCGCUCUCUCGGCGUAUCUCCAAAAGAGUGCAUCCCUCAAUGCUAGUUUAUUAAAAGCGAGGUUACAAAAUACUUUUCCUUCACUCGAUUCAUACCUUUUCAGUGCAAAAGGUGCGCGUCAGCACGACCUCGACUCAGUCCUGUCCCUAGCACAGAAUGGCAUAGCUCAGCUGGAGCUAAUGCGCCCUGGGCUUUUUGGUGAAUCGGCCUGGUUGUUCGAAUCUAGCAGUCGGGAUUAUGAUCGCCUCUAUGUGCCACUCUCCGACACCAAGAAGCUGAACGUGGCUAUUAAAAUCGUUCUCUCUGCGCUAUCUCCUUUCUUGCUGGAGGCCGCAGCAUCGAAAGCUAUGGAAUGGCUCGUAAGACGUUUCAGAGUCCAAGAAUUCAACCAAGAAGAACUCCUUGCUUGUUUUUUACCAUACCAUGAAUCGGUGGCUUUUACCAAGCUCAUGACAAUAAUUCGUGUUGACCCUAACUCGAAAUGGGCUUUCCUCAAACCCUCGAAAGAGCAUCCGAAGCCAUUGCUUAGAACAACACUUGUUGUGGAGAUGUGCCAUAGCCUUGAUCUGGCGCGCUUUGUCGCAUCCCUUCUCACGACGGCUCUCGAUGAAGGACAAGCGCAUCGCAGUCUUGUUGCGUUCAGUACCGGGACGCUCGCAGAAUAUAUCGCCAGGCUGCCGAAGAUUGAUGAGGGCAUAGUAGCCAUAUUAUUCCCCUCCAUCGUUCGAAUGGUGGAAGGGACGGAAGGGCCCCUCCAGCGAGAUGUGGUUCUCGCUGGCGCUAUUCUCAUCUCGGCUCUUAGUCAUCGGUGCCAGCUCACCGUCCCUGCACUUGUCAACGUUUGCACACUUCUUCUCAAGAGACAAAACAUAAUCGGUGGGACUCGUGUGCUUCAAACAAUCAUUGCAGUUCUUGGACCCCAGGAGGAAAUGCGAACCUCCGAUUUCCAGCGGAUUGCUAAACGCCUGAUUGUUCUGCCGAAUAUUUCGUCGCUGUUGCAAUCAUCCACGGCCUGGACGAACUCAGAAAAGUUGCUUAAUCCAUUUUCGUCCUGGUUACAAGACAGGCUCGAUACAGAGGAUGGGAUUUUCGUCCUUGCCGCCAUUGUCAAUACGCAAGCAUGUCCAGUGGCGGUACUGCUACGCGUGUGCUCUGCAUCACUCACUCGGGCCCUCAAUGAGAGACUGGAGAGCAACGAGCGCGGAAAGAGUUUCCGGGCGCUGGAUGAAGAUGUAUUGAAGAUGAUCUAUCAACGACAUCACUCGGUUUUCGAGGAAGCCUCCCGUUCCGUUCAGGCCUCACUUGAAGAUGAGAGAGAGCGGGUUGUUUUUGAGAAAGUUAUUAUGUUCAUUGCGUUGAAUCAAUCAUCGGAUGAGUCUACUGAUAUGGAUGACUACCGGCCGAUGGAUGUAAGCAGCGCCGCGUUAGCAAUACGGUCGACAGAUGGCGCCCUUCGUGCUUCUGGCGCCAGAUGUUUCGUACGGCAUCUCAAGGGUCUCCCAGAGGACGCCGUGCAUGAGUCCUCCAUCCAACAAAUCGUGGAAGAUCUUGCGGCAGUCAUGGUCGAUGCUUCAGAGUCUAAAGAAGUCCUGGAGGCUCUUUACCUCACAUCCCCUCAGAUGUUGCUGAAAUAUGUCUUUCCGGCCCCGCAGAUCACAGCAUCGGGUGCUCUGGAUCUUGCUUCCCCUCAGGCGGUAAUCAUCGAAAAGCUAUCUACUAUUUUGGUCUCCAAAGACUUAAGUCUAGAAAUUUUUGCCGUUCACGUCGAAUCUGUCCUUCUCCAUCUCAUUCCGGAGUCUUUACGCCUCCAGAAUCGCAACGAUUUGUGGGGAAUCUAUAUUUUACAGCAGCUGAUCUUGCCGUUGCUUCUGAUAACGGUGCCCUUCCAAGAGCGAAGCCAGCUGAUAUGGAAGCUUGUAUCAGAUGCGACUAAGAAACAAAAGGUUCUGAAUAAUUUCGAGUUGCUUAAAGGCUUGAGUGCUUUGGGUCAAGAAACUUCCGGAUCACUGGAGGUCGAAGAGAUGGAAGCUAUAAAUGCUAGGCUAAUAGAAUGCUUGACAGAGAACAUUAUCACUUCUGGUCACUUUGACCAUCAUGUUCAAUAUCUGAUGCGUGCUGUGAAGGAGACGGAACCUGUCGUUCGCUUGUUGCCACAGUUGAUCCUACUAUCAUUGAUCUCACGGCUUUCUGGUACUCGGCAGUUAGAGGUGGCAAGUGGAGCUCUCGGUGGCCUGCUUUCUCGAAGGACCGUCCAAUCUGUGGGGGAAUCCCUCAACCUCAAAAAAUCGGAGUACAAUGAGCAAUCGACACAAGAAUUAUUAAAAAAUGUGGCAAUAAAACCCAGGAAGGAUGCCACUAGCGCGCGUUUAGAUGCCCUUCUUGUUCAGACAAUUUUAGCAAUUCGCCCCCCAAAGGUUAUCAUGAACUAUCUUGCUGAUGCGAAUGGCGAUGACACCGAUGAGCACCACCGAGGGCCCGCGUUUGUGCACUUGGCACGUUCCAUCUAUCGCGCAGCUAACUAUGCCAGUAUUCCGAACGUUUUUUCCCUCUAUGUCUUGUCACAAUUGUUCUCGACGUUACAAAAUGACACGUUGCUCCUCCUUGCCGGUCUGUGGUCGAUUAACUUCGGCUCGAGUACGCAAAGCCCACCGGAAGCCUUACUUUCCGGGGCGGAUCUACAGCUUGCGGCUCUUAGCCAUGCAAAGGCAUAUUUCAUGGCGAGGUCCCAGACUCAAGGAACACUCCCUGACUUCCAAACGAUUUUGCCAAGUUUGAUCGUGCCUUUGCGAAACAAGGAUCAACGCGCUCGAAGUGCAGCUGUUGAGUGCAUAAAACAGAUGCACUACAAGCAAGAAGAGCAGAAAACUGGACCAAAGGCAGAUAUCUUCGCUCGCGACCGUGUAUAUGGCGGACAAAGCAGCACUGUCCAGUAUUUGGAUUUUUCGGACUACCAGGCACACAUUGGGUUGUUGUGUGAACGGGCUGAAUAUUUCCGCACUGACUCCGAUUAUAUCAACACUUUCCACCGUGAGUUUCUCCAGAAGGGGAAGAAGGAUUCGAAGAAAGAAAGCAGUCGGAAGCGGCGGGUUCUAUGUUUUCUGCUAUCCCAUGCGCUAUCCUGGGGAUGUCAGCACCCUCAAAUGGCGAUUAUUCAGUCCCUCGAGAACGUGCACGAUCGGGCAAAACUUCCGGUCAUAUUCCCACUUCUGGAGCCUAUGGCAACAAUCAACGAAACAUCUCCUGAACUUUUCACUUGCCUUUUCUCCACUUUUGAUGAAUCAAGCGCGGUACACCUGCACGAGAAUUCAAACCCCUACUGGAGGGCGUUUUUGGGAACGAUUAGAAAUGUUGUCUCUAAAAUGCCGGAUCUGGUACCGGUGGUCACAAACCAAAUAAAGACAAUAUUCCAUUGCCUCUCUUCCCAGCUGAAGGUUGAACUAGCCUCGCUUAUUGUGACGCUUGCCCCCCUCUCCAUAGAGUCAAAGAAUGUUUAUACAGAGCUCAUGUCUUCACUUGCGUCCGUAUUGGAUGACACCGAGACCAUCAUCCAGUUGCUACAAUCUUUCCAGGUUUCAAUUAAUGACCCAGCAACACGGGUGACGAAGAAGCCAAGAGUUGAGGAACCCUCUGAGGAUCAAGAUAAUAGUUCUUUACAAAACACUAUCUUCUUAAUGGAAGCCGUUUCAUCCGCCAAGUUUAAAGGGACUGUAGAGGUCGUCCGUUCUUUGUUAGAGUUCCUCGAACGACUCUGCCAGAAUCAUGCGCGGUCUCGCUCGGAUUAUGAUUAUGCUGAGCAGCUUGUUGUCUCUGCCCUGGAUCACGCCUCAUCUUCCGUCGAGUCAUCGUCGGUGCGGUACCCGCUACCCAUCAAUGUCCUCGUGAAGCUGGUCCAAGUUUCGGAGAACCCACAAACCUACCAACAUGCUCUUCUUGUCAUCGGCAACCUAGCCAAAAUGUCACCGGAUUCGAUAAUUCAUGCCAUCAUGCCUAUUUUCACAUUCAUGGGUGUGAAUUUGUUCCCUCGCGAUGAUUCAUAUACAUUCAAUGUGGUUCUACAGGUCGACAGACUAUCAACAACAUCGUGCCAAUCAUGGAGUGAGAGAGUUUUUGCGGAUUUUCACGGGUGCUUCAGCCACCUACCUAAGCAUAGGCGCAACAAAUUCUUCACUCAACUCAUCGCUUGCCUUGGGCCACAAGAAUUUAUGUCGCCUGUUUGUAUGCUUCUGAUCGAGAAAUCAGCAAAUAAAGUGAUACGCCGCCAAGGCCAAGAUACCAAUGCCGACCUUGCUCUUGCAGUAUCAAUUGCAGAACAUGCAAGCCCUCAACAUCGUCUAACUCUUAUAAGCGAAACUCUUGCUGAAUGCUGUCGACUUGUGGACCGUGUCACAUCCCCCAAACAGCCUACCGAACCCACAUUUUUCGAUUCAACCACUGUGUCCUCAGGGAGGGCGGCGUCAUCCCAUGCCGGAGUUGUAAAGCACAUUCAUGCUCUGAUUAUCUUCGUCGAGUUUGCUUGGACAAGCAGGAGCACACUCAAACGGGUGUCCGACGAGCCUUGGGGAAGUGCUGGAACGUCUGAAAUAGUAUCUCGCUUGAUCAAGCUGAUAAGUGCCUCUGUUACUUCGCCUGAUAUCACUCUGGCGGAAGUGAAUGCGGCGGCUCAGCAAACAUUACUAUCCGGUCUCAAAGUGACGCCGGCAGAAGAUUUCGUUAGCUCUGUCAAAUCACUGCUGCAGAGUGGGAGAAGCGAGAUCAGGAAUGCUACUGUGGCUUUGUUGUCUUCUCGUGUGGGCAACAUUGCAAAGGAGACUAGGCAGAAUCUCUCCUUACAAUUUUCAGCAAUUUCUGAAGUUCUUGUUGCCAUCAUCGUUUCGUCGCCUUCUCCACUUUCACUGUCUGCGUUGGAGGGGAUAAUGCUCACUUCCACACCUGCUGAAGCCGAUUCUUUGGUUCCCGCAGUUCAAGUACUUCUGCGGUCAGGGCAAAAUUUGACCUUGUUGCCAGCCACUCUCAGGACUCUCGCUACGUCUUGCAUGAUUCUGGGUCCCAGAAUUCUUGGGCAGAUGCCAGAGAUUAUCAAUCUGUGUGUUUCUUCAUUGGAGGGGGGCACAGAUCAACAGACCUCUGCGCUUCACGUUCUAUCCACUUUGGUGAAAAGUAUGAAACCAUUCUGGGGGACUGGCCUGAGCGACGUGAUAAGGCAGACGCUGACCAUCAAGAACAACACGGCCGUAAGGAUUAAGCAACAGAUCAAUGACUUCGAGGAGCUUGUUGCAACCACGUUGGCGUCGAACACCGUUAUUACUUCUCUUAUGAAGUUAUGGGACGAGCGCCCAGAUGUGGCAUUGAUAGAAGAGUUUUUCAAUCUACUCAACAAAGCUGUUGAAUCAUCUUCUCGUUCCGACAUAUCAGAACAUACACGGCCACUGUUCAAGCUUUUUAUGGAUGUCUUUGGCCUUAUUGAGCAGGAAAACGCUGAAACCCGGGUGAUAUUUGCCAACAUAGAAUCAGCCGCUAUUUCCGCAUUUGUGGUGUUUGUGACGAAACUCAGUGAGGCAACAUUCACUCCCCUUUUCCGUAGAUUUCAAGACUGGGGCUGGUCAGACGUUCCCCAUAAAAAUGAGAACCCAAGGCGCAGGACCACCUUUUGCAGAGUUAUGAUCCAACUGAUGACAACCUUCAAGUCAUUGAUGUCCAGUUAUAUGAUUUCCAUCGUGCCGAACAUCAUAGAAACUCUGGAAGCAUACAGCUCCAAAUCAAUCAAAGAUUCCAUUCUGUGGUCCGACUUGAUGCGUUUAGUAACCGUCAGCUUUUCUGUGGACAAAAGCACCCCCGUUCUGAAAGACACCCAGCUAUCCAACCUCAUAACGCCGCUCGCGAAGCAAAUCAGCGUUUGGCCGGGUCUUCCAUCCGCUGAUCGCGAAGAUCUAGUUCCGAAGUGCAUCACUCGAUUCUUUGGUGCACUCGGACGAGAAGAGCUCAUCAAGAAGUUGAACAUGGAAGUUGUUUUGCAGACGCGAUCUGAAGAUGUGAAGGUGAGAUUGCUUGCACUGAAAACGGCGAUCCACAGUUGGACGGAAGAAGGAAUCACCCUCAGUCCAUUCGCAACGGACAUGGUUACGUUCAUUCAUGAUUGUAGCGAGGAUGAGAAUGACCAAGUUGCGAAAGCUGCACGGUCACUUAAACGGGUCCUGAUAGAUGUUGCUGGGUCACUUGGAGAUCUGUAAACCACACGCUACAAUAGCAUUGACGAAUGUGACAGUACGAACAAAAUGUAAGCAGAAAUUGAGGGAUGGAACCAUAUUUAAACGAAGAGCAAUGUUCUAG